CGUCCGGUGGAGUUUUGGUUGGAGACAUCGCAUUGUUUUUGAAUGGGGCGUGUCCCUAUCCAGGUAACAAAUGAGAAACAGGUAAGAUGCUCCAAACAGCUCCAUGCAAACAUUGGUAGGCCCGUAGCCCCCGCCAUCUGCCAGCCGCCGCGGGUGACUUGGGGAAAAACACCGAGGAAGAAGGCAAAGAAUUAAGUCACCAGUCCUCAAAACACUGACCUGCGACUGAAGAACAAAGAGAAGAAGGUCAAGAGGAUCGUGGCUUCGUUAUGGUGCACAGAAAGUCCACGUACAGACUCACCUACAGGGACUAUGCGCCUCAAGUGCGGAAAACUGUGUGGCAGGAGAACAACACUUUCAGAUUGAGGAGAAGGGAGGAGGAGUGGUCACACCAUACAAUAAAAGACAGUGAUUCUGACUGUGAGUGUGAUGAAUCCGAGGAGGAGGAUCACGCUGAAGGUCUGGCAGCAAGAGGACCAGGCGUGGGCAGCCUCUCAGGGCCAAGACACAGACUCGCAAAUUCUCAGGAACAGAUCCAGCAGCAAGCAACACUUCCGAGUCAGCCGGCCGGCCCUCCUCCCCAUGUCCCACGCCUACGUUUCUCUCCUGAGCAGUCUCCAAGAAUUUAUGAUCAACAAAGAACUUCAGACAGUGCAGAUGAAGGAGCUGGCAGAGAAGAUGGGACCACAACAGGACACCCUGGAGGUGAUGGAGGCAGUGAAGCAGACAUCAGUGAGGUGCAUGCAGCAGGGGGCCAGACUGUGGGACCAAGAAACAGAACUAGGUCUCCCAGCGUUCAGCUUGGGGUUAUGAAAUCUGGAAGCCAGGCUAGGGAGUAUGACCUCAUACCAGCUGUGAGAGAAGAAGUAGAUGAAACAGCAGGGAGAACAACCUCAGCGGGGACCAGAGUUGUGAAGAGUCGGCAGGUUCCUCUAACCUCUCAACUCUCCCGGACCACUCGCAGGAACUAUCGCAGCCGUGAUAGGAUCACAUAUGUGCCAUAUGGAACUGGCUCAUCUGUUAGGCACAUAGGUGACAAAACGUCUUUCAAUGUUCACCUCAACAAAAAUCAGGUGCGGCCAACAGCUCUCCAAGCAUCAGCAUUCAGAAACCGGGAAAUUGAAAACCUUAUUAAAAAGCAGAGAAACUUGACCAUAAAUGAUUGGAGGGAAGAGAGAGGUUCUGUUCCACCAGUCAACCACUCUAGUCUCUGGGGAAAUAGUCGACAGCAGAUUUUUUCCUCCAGGAAGCAGCCGAGGGAACACAGGAGGAGGGCUUCCAGCCGAGUGGAGGUUUUCUCUAACUACUGUAAGCACUGUGGAGGCAGGAAGUAAGUUGUACUUGCUUUUAGGGCAUGCCAAAAACAAGAGUUAUUUUUGUGAUGAAGUACUGCAUUUAUUAUGAAGGUAAAUGGAGUAUAUAUUUUAUAAUGUAUGACACAGUUAUUAACAUAUCGUAAACCCUCACUUUUAUGGUCCCCGAUGUAACGAGUUUUAUCUCUAAUCAACUUUUGGACCAGUCCUGUAUGUGUGGGGAUUUACCGAACAAGUUUGGUAAGUGCAGAGUUCUGUUCGGUGGUGGGCUGGCCAAACAUGUACACACACAUAAGGCAGCGGCGGUAACCGGGUUACCAAGCUUUGUCUGCCCAAUUGUAAACUCCUCUGUUCUUGUCCAUCUGUGCCUCACAUUUCAUCUAAUAUAACAAACAAACUUUAUUAUACAGUGAAACUCUGAUCAUCUGACCUCUGGGUAUCCAGAGCCCCCAAGUAGUUGGUUGGCCAAAACAAAAAAUUCAAGAAAAUCAAUAAAAAAAUAUGAAAAUCCAACCGGUGUAAGAUUUUAAAUACCCACUGUGACCAUUGCAAAGGGUAUGUUCCUGCCCCUUAUCUGAAUAGAAACUAAACCCUGCCCUCAGCUCAUCAAUACACUCCCAUUGUUUGUGGAUACUUACUUCAGAUAAAUUGAAAUUAUGAGUGGCUGAGAGCUAUAUUUUCACCUUUUUAAUUCAUUCAAAUGUAAUUGUUACUGGGUGGUUUCAGUUACAAAUUAAUCCUACUUGCUCUGAGGCUUCUGCUGUCAGCCGAUUCAUGGGAGCCUAAAAUAAACAUCAGCUGAUUCAAAUGUAAAACUCACAUUCACACAUUCUCAGGAACACACACACACACACACACUGUGUCAUACGGAGCUGAGACAUGGAAGCGAUAACACGUGCGGCCGCUGGGUCCCGAGUCUUGCCUCCAGGAUCAGCAGUUCGCCAGCCAGGUUGUUGUGAUACAGGGCUGGGGUGAUGCGUUAAUGUGGUCCGUCUCCUGUCUAAAGAACUUAAAAUAGCUUGAGUGAGAUGAGUGAGGAGGAGGAAGGGUAACAAGGCGGAAAGUUCUAGAAGGAGCCAUGGGGGGCUUGGGAAAUGAUGAGUGUUACAAAAAUAUUGAGCCUGCGUUCCGAAGGAAUAGCGCUAAACUCGAGGAUUGCGAAACUCGAGGUGAUGAAAACGCUGAAAAAGCGCUUAUUUGUUCCGACCCGUGGAGUUUUUUAUUUUAUUUUUUCAUUUUUUAUUUUUUUACAUGUGGCCUAUGGCACCGGUAGAUUAUUCAUUUGGGCCUGAUGGUCGGCCCCGAGCCCGGCAUGGCGCAGGCAAUUGUUUACAGUGGCACCAUUAUAAUUGGCUCAUGCUGCCCCUCGGAGCUCACUUUUUUCCUCCUUUACUCCCUUGCUAUUUCAAAAUACGAACCUUGGAAAAAGUACGAAAACAGGAAGAGAGAACGCGUCGGUUUAAAGCAACAGAUGAAGCCUUACGAUUUGCUGAGCUCUGAAAACACGCUUGUGAUUCGCUGGGAGUCCGAUGACGAACUGGAGAGGGUACUGUAGUUUAGAUUUGUGUGCACCACAUGCAACUCAUAACAUAUUGACAUGCAUGGCACACCCUAUAGUUUUCUAUGCCUUGUGGUGCUUUGUCAGUUAUCACUGCCAGCAAGAAUCACUGCAUCACCACUGCCACCUAACUAACCCUUGCUGCCCUGUUGCACAAGAAUGUACUCCAGAGUCGUACAAAUUUAUAUUUAUAUGGCUGUAUUCUAUUCUAGCUCCCCUAUUGGUGUCUUGAUCUUUUAUCCCAGAAUUAAUCAGAAUUGUUGAUAAACUCUGGAACAGCCUUGCUUCAUCUGUAUCAUCUCCAUCCUAUGACAAGAAGGAAUUCUAGAUGCUGACUGACAUUCUCUGUUGGCUACUUUUACUGUCUUCUGCUUGCAGGAACAGCAUCUAUUUAACCCGGUACCAGUGACGGGCCAAAUUUGUGCCAUGAUAUAAACCCCCCAAAAUAGAUGAUGCAUAAACUGAUCACAAAUGCUUUGAUAUGUAUUAUGAAAUGGUUUGUGUGAGUGAUGAUUUUUACUAAUUUUUCUCGCUUAGAGGGACCAUUAAGAAACAUGAUCCCCGCUGCUACUGGGUUAAGGGCUAUGUCUGGGUGUGAUUUUAGAUGAAUAAUUUUGAAAUUGAUGAAAUGUUUCUUCUUUGCUCAGCAUAUAAAGAGCAGUGUGACCAUUAUUCUUGAAAGUUUUGUGAAAAGAAAAGAAACUACUGUCUGAUGUUCUUCAGCAUUUUAUAGUCUAGAAAUGUCAAACUGUAGGGAAAGCAGAGUGAGUUUGUAUUGUGUGGGUGGAAAAGACGAAAAACAAAAGAAGACUUGGCAGGUUGUUACAGAUUGCUUGUUUUUAAUGCACUCCACUGCAUAGACAAACUACUCAUUUACAGGGGUAAUUGUUAGGAACAAGAUUCUUAUUAUUCUUGUAUAUCACUAUAGUCAAUGUCAAGUGAAACUAUCCACAAGCUCCUCCCACUAGGUCGGAGCCAUUUCUCCCUCCGAGGAGCGAUAUUGGCGUUUUGGUAUUGAGGGGUGGAAUAGGCGCACCUAACAUCACCAAAUGUGGGGUACAAACUUGGCGGAGGGACUAAAGAGUAGCUUAUUUACUAAUGAUCCACGAGACAUCCUAGAGUUAAAUCAAAGUAUGUGCUUAUCUUUGUAUUCAUUCAUACACACACUGAUAAUAUUUUUGUGGAGUCUGAUUCACGUAUUAGAGUGAAAUUCUAUUGUGAAAAACAGUCACAAAUUCGUGUCACUAGUAAAAAUGAAACUAGUAAUGAAAGUUUUGCCACCAUGAAAUAUACACGAAGAUAAAUAUGAAAGCUCACGAAGUCACAAUAAGUGACAUCACCUGCUUUGCGCAGUAAAAGUAUGCUAUUUUAGGUAUCUGAUACCUGCAAUAUGGCUGCUGCCUCGGCCACAGAUUACUGCCAGAUUGUCAUACUCGGCCGCUUAUAUUUCCCGACUUCCUCCCCCGAAACUGUCUUCUGGGCUCCAAUAAUGAAACUAAUUUAUAGUUAUCGUUAAAAGAGUAAAAUCCUGAUGUUUCUUGGCAAUAGUUAGGCGUCAGAAACAGGUAAAUACUAUGCUCUGAGUGCAACAAUAUGGCAAUGGUGGCUAUAUGUAUUUUCAUAUUAUUGUUCUGUUGUUUAUUAACUGUUGUGUUCAAGAAAAAGUAUACUCAUAAUUUUAGUUAGUUUUUGGUCAUAAGGAUUCUUUACAAAAUACAAGUAUAACAUUACCUUCUUUUACUUAGGAAAUGUCCUGAACCCUGGAUCGGCUGUGGUGGUGUUAGGUGCGCCUAAUGUGAGUUCCUCGGCUAAUUUAGCGAGAAAUCAGGCUUCGUUUCUUUCACCCUUAGGUUACUCUGGUCGACUUGAGGUCUGCAAGGGUAUGGUCAUGGUCAGAGAUAAGCUCAAGAGAUAAAUCUCUCUCUCUCUCUCUCUCUCUCUCUCUCUCAUGAUAUUUAAACAAAAUGAGAAACAUGCAUUAUUGUAUUCCGGUAAAUUUACAGAUAAAUAUACAAAUAACCAAGGCAGGCCAAGAGAGAGAGAGAGAGAGAGAGAGAGAGAGAGAGAGAGAUCAAGCAUUUAAUUUCAUCUCAUGGGAUUUGCUACCCUUUCCAUCUAGUGGUCGGUAAAGGCGAAUUUAGCGUGGACAUCAAUAUUUUGUACGUCCUUUGAAGUGAACAUGGUCAGCCACUUAUCAAUAUGGAAAGUUGUAAGCUCCACUGUCUUCGGUAGUGGGAAGGGCUUUUGGACGUUUUCAUAAGACUUAGACUAUAGUGUUGGUAUUUACCUAGUUUUACACCUGUGAUUAUUAAUUUAUAACGAGUAAGAUGAAUCAGUGAGUCAAAAUCCAAAACAGACAGUACGUAGCAACAUGCACCAGAUGCUUAAGUUUUUUUUAUUAUUCUUGUCUACAUGACCAGCACAAAAAUAAUAAUAAUAAUAAUGCACUUCCUUUCUCUCUGGCGUCUAGUAAAUAAAAGGCUGUUGCACUCCAAGGCUGGAAUUCCUUUCCUUUCUACAGAACAUCAAGUAUAUCCUAUAAAUAAUGUAAUAAAAUAAUAAUGUGUCACAUAUUUACAUGUCUCUUCUACUAAAUAAUGGAAAUGAAAUGAGAUUUUGAAAAUAAUUUGUUAAAAAUAUUUAGUUACUUUUAUAGAAUUGCAUUUUCACUGUUAGUUAUUCAGGAUUCCUAUAGAUGGUAGCACUAGCAGCGGCCAAACAUUAACAUUAGAUCUCCUAUCCUGCUUCGGGGGCUGUGUGGUGCAGUGGUUAGCACACUCGGCUCACAACCGAGAGAGCGGGUUCGAUUCCCGGGCGGAAUGGAAAAAUUUGGGCGGCUUUUCCGAUACCCUAUGCCCCUGUCCAUCCAGCAGUGAAUGGGUACCAGGUAUCAAUCGGGGGUUGUGUCCCGUCUCCUGGGAUCUGUUCCCUUCUCCUAUAAUUCCUUCCCCUUCUGUCUCUCUCCGGCAUAUGACCACAGAUGUUGCGCCGACUAAACGAAACUUUCUGAACUUUCUUAUCCUGCUUCUCGUAGAGUCCCUGGUCACUGCAUACUCAUGGGCACACGCCAAGUCUUUCAGUUUCUUGAUAUGAAACACAGUAUGGUUAGAUCACUAGAUCCUUCUUGGCCUGACAAGAUGCUUAAGUGUUGCUACAGCAUGUCUUAAAUCAUAUAUAUCUGAGAGUGGAACAGCAGUAAAACUAGGAGUUUCCAUAUGAGGGGGCCCAUGGAAGGCUAAUCUGUGGCUGGCACUAUGCUCAUUUAUAUUUUUUUAAUUAGUCCAGUAACAUUGCAAUUUCCUUUUCUAAGAAUUUCAAGUUUGGGGCCCAUUUUUUUUUCUCUGGGGGAAGUCAAGGCUCUCAAACUGUCUUGUAGCUACAGUACUGGAGUGUAGUGUACUUCUCAGCAUCAUUAUACAUAGGACUAGCAACUUGCAACACAACAUUUUGUCCUAGGGACUUUGCAAUUUGUUUUAAUUAUUCACAUGUAGUCUUGCUUAAUGUAUAAGGUGUGUUUUACACAAUGUGCCAUGUUCUAGUCAGAUUUAUAUUCCAAUGGGAAAUUCAAGAUAACAUGUAUAUUUAGAUUAUGAGUUUCAAAAGAAAAUUAAAGAAGUACAUCCAUGUAUACACUGAUCAGAUUAAUGAUAAACUCUGUAAAUUACUUUUUAAUAAAAAUAUUACAUCGACA